UGUGACGUAUAAUGUAGUGGACGGAACUCUUCUUUCAAUAGCAACAACAGUUAAUCAGACACCUUGGUAGCUUGCUAGACAAAAUAGCCGAACCAAUAAAGCGCUUGAGACGCUUUAGUGUAUAUUAGCCACUGCGUUUUAAACCCACUCCUGUCGUCUAGUUAGUUAUCCGAUUUAAUUUCAUAUUUACGAUGUUAUUAGUCAGCUAGCGGGCUGAUUACGUUAUCACUAGCCUAGCUAACAUCCCCGACCAUGAGUUCACGAAGCUACUCUCCUCCUGCUAAAGAAGCUGUCGUCAAAGAAGAGGAGGAAGAGGAGGAUGUCACUAUACAAAAACAAGUAGAGGGUGAAGCUGUUACAGUGAAAGAAGAAGAGAAAGACGUUUCAGUGAAAGAAGAGGAAGACGCGUUCAGAGUGAAAGAGGAGGAGGAAGUUACAGUUAAAGAAGAGGAGGAAGAGACAGAGGAAGAUGCAGGCGUGGAGGAGGAGGAGGGGGGGAUGACUGUCACAUUGAAAAAGGAGGAGGAAAUUGGAUAUCUGGGUCCGGUUUCCCAAAGCCAUAUUAAGGCAUCCAAUGGUUCUAACGAUGAACUUAGCCGUAAGAUGGUUUUGGGAAACCGUUCCCUGAUUAACACUAGAGAGAGACAUGACUAUCGUGGAUCCUCUGGGGAGCUUCAACAACAUCAUGAAGCGGACGAGGCAGAGGAAAGUCUCUCCACUUCAGAACUCCUCAAGAAACAGCAGCGGAAAUGCACAGGGAAGAAACCUCACUGCUGCUCUGACUGUGGGAAGAGAUUCACCUCUUCAACAGACCUCAAAAGACAUCAGAGAAUCCAUACAGGAGAGAAACCUUAUAGCUGUGAUCAAUGUGGGAAGAGUUUUACUGUUUCAAGCAGCCUGAAAACACACCAGAGAAUUCACACGGGAGACAAACCUUAUAGCUGUGGUCAAUGUGGGAAGAGUUUUAAUGUUCCAAGCAGCCUGAAAACACACCAGAGAACACACACUGGAGAGAAACCUUAUAGCUGUGAUCAAUGUGGGAAAAGUUUUACUACAUCUAGUCAGCUGACUGUACACCAAAGAACACACAUAGGAGAGAAAUGUUAUAGCUGUAAUCAAUGUGGGAAGAGUUUUGUUUCAUCUAGCCGUCUGACUAUACACCAGAGAACACACACAGGAGAGAAAUCUCAUAUCUGUGAUCAAUGUGGGAAGAGUUUUACUACAUCUAGUCAGCUAAUUAUACACCAGAGAACACACACAAGAGAGAAAUCUUAUAGCUGUGAUCAGUGUGGGAAGAGUUUUGUUUCAUCAAGCCAUCUGACCAUACACCAGAGAACACACACCGGAGAGAAGUCUUACCACUGCUCUGACUGUGGAAAGAGUUUUGCUACCUCAGGAAAUGUUAAAUCACACCAGAAAAAACACACAGGAGAGAAAUCUUAUAGCUGCAAUCAAUGUGGGAAGAGUUUUGCUCAGCUAUGCAACCUGAUAGCACAUAUGAGAAUACACACUGGAGAGAAACCUCACUGCUGCUCUGACUGUGGGAAGACCUUUUCAAAGUUAUAUACAUUACAAUCACACCAGAGAAUUCACACUGGAGAGAAACCUUAUUGCUGCUCUGACUGUGGGAAGACCUUUACAAAAUUAUAUACAUUACAAUCACACCAGAGAAUUCACACUGGAGAGAAACCUUAUAGCUGCUCUGACUGUGGGAAGACCUUUUCAAAAUCAUCUACAUUACAAUCACACCAGGGAACACACACAGGAGAGAAACCUUAUAGCUGUAAUCAAUGUGGGAAGAGAUUUGUUAUGUCUAGCCAGCUGACUAUUCACCAGAAAACACACACAGGAGAGAAAUAUUAUAGCUGUAAUCAAUGUGGGAAGACAUACUCUGGUAAAAGAUCUCUGAUUAAACAUCAGAAAAUACAUACAUGGAGUUGUUUCAUAAUAUCAAUGAAAUAAUGUCACAAUGUAGAAUGUUUUAACAUUGUAGAAGGAGUAUUUUAAUGAUGUCACAAUGUAGAAUGUUUUAACAUUGUAGUAGCAGUAUUUUAAUGAUGUCACAAUGUAGAACCUUAAACAUUUGCCCCCUGUUCUAUUGAUUUCAGCAUGAUAUGGAUAUUACCCUCAUUGGAAAAAUACAGGCUCAGAAUUGAAAGAAUACAAUUUAUGAGAUUUAUUCAAAAGUGACCCAAAAAAAGAGAUCUGUUACGCUUACCACGUUGGAAUCAAAAUGCAACACUUCAAAAUGUAGCUAGCUGUUUUCUACAAAUUGUUCUUCAACCAGUGAUGUACACAUUAUCGACGUUAUCCCAGAUUAUCCCAGAUUCCAUGUGGUUUUUGAGCUGUUAGUUUUAACAGGAUGUGCAACCUCAUCUUUCUCCUCUCAUGCAAUUGAUUUCACCGUGAUAUCAAUAUGAGUGAUGACAAAUAAGUGUUUCGUUUCUCUUCGUUCUGGGGACCCCUAAAUUUAAAUGCAUCACUUCAAAAUAUAACUGACUGUCUUCUGCAGGUUGUCCUCUAACCAGUGAGGUAAAAUAUAUCUCCCAUUUACAUGUGUUUUAUUUAGUUGUGUUAGUUUCAACAGCACGUACAACCUGAUUUCCCCCCGUAAUCGAUUUAGUGCCAGUCGUCAAAACAACAGUGUUUCUGGUGCUUGUGCAG